GGACGGGGGAGCAGUGGACAUACUGGACUGUAACUCAGAAACACUUAAGGCCCACUCUGUCUACCUAACGAAGAAUGGCUGUCUGGUAAUGUGGACCAUCGGCUGUGAGAGCCAUCGAUGCCGCUGUCGUCCCGCCGUGCCUUCGUGAGCCCCGACAGGCCGAGACCCACCACCAUGGCCUCGGCGGUCCCCCGCUGCACAUCUGUCAGCCUCCCCGCCGCGGUCCUCCUGCUCCUGAUGUCGGCGACCACGGUCCUGGCAUCUCAAGGCGACAAGGAGCCGGUUUACCGAGACUGUGUGAGGCAAUGUGUCCGGACCAACUGCACCGGAGCUCGGCUACGGGGGUUUCAGUCUGCCCAGCCGCAGUAUAUGGCGCUGACAGGUUGGACGUGUCGGGAUGACUGUCGCUAUCAAUGCAUGUGGACCACCGUGGGCCUUUACCAGGCCGAGGGGUACAGAGUCCCACAGUUCCACGGCAAGUGGCCAUUUGCGCGCUUCCUGUGUUUUGAGGAGCCAGCUUCUGCUCUGGCCUCUCUGCUGAACGGUCUGGCUUGCCUUCUCAUGCUGCUGCGCUAUCGGAGCACGGUGCCACGCCAGAGUCCCAUGUACCACACCAUCAACGCCUUCUCUCUGGUGUCUCUUAAUGCCUGGUUCUGGUCCACAGUGUUUCACACCCGGGACACCUAUCUGACUGAGAAAAUGGACUAUUUCUGUGCAACUGCUGUCAUUCUGUACUCAAUCUACCUGUGCUGUGUCAGAACUUUGGGUCUGAGGCGACCAGGGGUGUCCAGCAUGGUGGGAGUCCUGCUCAUCUUGGCCUUCACCUCACACGUGUCCUACUUGACCUUUAUCAGCUUCGACUACGGCUACAACAUGGCUGCUAACGCCAGCAUCGGCAUGGUGAACCUCCUGUGGUGGCUGUGUUGGUGCUGGCAGAACCGGCGGACCCUGCCCUACUGGUGGAAGUGCGGCCUGGUGGUGCUGCUGCUUCAUGGUCUGGCCCUGCUGGAGCUGCUGGACUUCCCCCCGAUGCUCUGGGUCCUGGACGCUCAUGCCGUGUGGCACCUCAGCACCGUACCAGUGCACUUCCUUUUCUACAGUUUCCUGAUAGACGACAGCCUCUACCUACUAAACACAGAGAAGAUGGGUGUCAAAGUGGAGUAGGAGGAGCUCAUCACCGCUUCACCCUCACACCUCUCCAGUCAGGGCAGCCAGACACCCGAACACGGAAGUAGCUCAGCCUCCCAGAUGACAUGCAUGACACCACUAUGACUUCCAUCAAAGUAGACUUUGUUUACAUUUCACUCGUUUUAAUUUUUUUUUAAAAACUAUUUAUAUGGGUGUGUGGGGGGGUACUUUCUCUGUUCUUUACAUCACGAUCGAUGCUUGCUCUACUUAACUCUGCCUUGUACUACUCGAUGAUACUUUUGUCAUUCAUCAUACAUUCAAAACAGGAAAAAAGUGUUCCACCAUUCGGAUGCAUAUCCCACAAGCCUCUUGGAAGUCAGACUCGCUCUGCACAAAUGGCAGUUUGCCGUGACUGACAAUAGAGGGCACCAAAUCCCUUGCCGGGCCGUCGUAACCUCCUGUGUUUGGUGCGGCGUGUGUCAGGGUCCGUCUGUGCCAACAGCGGACUGGCGGACACAGAGAUGUGCCCCUUGUGAAGUGGGCAGAGGGAAGGGGGGAGGGGGUCUGCCAGCGGAUUGUUCUGGAGCUGGACGGGUGAGGGGGUUUAUGUUUGGAGGCCAUUCCAGCUGACUGUGUUUUUUUUUUUCUUUUCUCACCAUCACACCUUUAUCUUUGUGCCUGCAUUGUUUCCACUGCUCCUUUUAUUUUGCUAUUCUGUCUUCUUAUCAUUUCACAUUUUUUAUUUUUUUUACCUUUUAACUCUGUUUACCAAUUUGUGUGCUUUAUUUUUUAUUGAUUGAAAUUUGAGGGUGGGAUAUGCCUGAUGAUCAAAAAACAGAAAUAUUAUUUCUAUUCACCUGGAUUGCCUUUUAGUGUGAGGAGAAGGAGAAAAAGAUUGAAGUAGGAGAUAUAAUGUGUGACAGGAAGCUGGGGGCUGUUUUUUGUUUUUUUUUUACAUCAAGAGUUUCUAAUGAAUCCUGAGGUUAGGGGAUGUGUGUGAAUGAGUUUAUGUGGGUUUUUUCAUGCCCAUUUUAUGAAUUUAGUUGCAUUUCCUGCUGUAAUAUUCCCCAAAAUGACUCGCACACAACCAGCUGCUGUACAGAUAACUGCUCCAACAUGUAAAAAGAUCCAUUUUCCUCCAUGUCUGCCUUACAUCUGUCAAUGAGCAUGCUUCUUCUUUCCUUUUUUUUAAUCAAAUCUCAUCUCAGAGUUGGCACCAAAACUCUUGAAUUCAUACCACUUAUGUCUUCAACCCUCAGAGUUUCCCUUCCAUAUGUGCACUUUACGAGUGUGUGUAUAUUUACGUGCAUUUUUGUUUGAAAUUCUGCCUUUGUAUUUAUGUGUGAGAACAAUGACCAGUACAAUAUGUGUGUACACGUUG